GCACAAUCAUUGGUCUCGGCUUGACAACAUUGUUGGUAAUCCUGCCGGGUCCGUUGUGCUUUGCUACAUUCUGCACACUCCUUGCCUACAUAGCCCAGUGUGUCUUCGCCAAGUUGAAACCAGUUUGCAAAACCAGUGUGGGAGAUUUGAUGAACCGAGUUGAGAUGGUUUCUGCUGGCCUACCCACAUGGCAGGGCAGAAGUUUGAGUGAGAACAUAAUGGCGUUUAUGAGCAGAGGAAAUGUGGAAGACUCGAGUAUCGACAUGGAUGACACAAUGAGCACAGAUGACGAGUACGGAGAAACAUCGUCUAAGCAGCCUGAUAUACAAACACAGCUGAAUGGGAGAGACGUUUUUAACAGACUAGCUUUCUUAAUGAACUGUAAAACUGUUGCAGCUGG